UAAAUUUUUUUAAUUAUUUUCACUGAAUUUUAACCAAAAUCAUGAAAAAAAAACUAAUUUAAAAUUAUAAAACAAAUUUUCAAUUAAAAAAUCAUAAAAAUUUGUAAUUUUCAAACGUUUAAAAUUUUAACCAAAAUCUCAAAUCAAAACAAACAAUUAGAACCAUCAAACAAAAAAGCAAUUUUCGUGAAUUUUCUCAAUUUUCCAAGAAAAUUUCGACCUUUAAUCUCUGUUAACCCAAUAAUUCACAAGAAAAACAUUCGAAUUUACCCAAAAUGACGAUCGGAGCACAGAAAAUCGCACAACGCAAACGAGAUGAAAAAUUAAAGGCAGCAUUCCCGAACGGAGCAAAGUGUCAGAAAUGCCUUGAAUACGGACAUUGGAGCUACGAAUGCAAAGGAAAACGAAAGUACGUUCACAGAUCGAGUCGCACAAAAGUAUUAAAGAAGAAUUUGGAAGCCAUCAAAUCGAAUGAAGAACCGCCAGAAAAAGUAUCCAAAGGCGAAAGUUCAAAAAAGAAGAAAAAAGACUCGUCUUCUAGUUCUUCCUCGUCGUCAAGUUCAAGUUCUAGCAGUUCAGAUUCAAGCAGUGGCUCAGAUUCAGAUUCGAGUAGCGAUUCCGAGUCAAGCAGUUCUUCAAGCAGUUCAUCGUCGUCGUCAUCUUCUUCGUCAUCGGAAGAAGAUUAA